AUGUCAAGCAACGCACCCCCCUUGGUGCGCAUUAAAGUGGAGAGCACGAUGAAGGCGGGGGGCCUGGUGUCGGAUGACCUUAUCCUCCGACUCAUCAGCAACGAACUCAACCAGCGUGGAUGGCUCUACUCGGGCCACCCCUCCGGCAACAUAAUGACGCUUUCCUCCUCUUCUAUCGACACUGCCGAGCCCAGCCAGUCAUUCCAGAACGAUGCCGAGAUGGCCGCCUUCCUCUCCUCCCCCGCACACGCCCGUGGUUACGGCCAGGCUCGUAUCAACGAGGACCCGUCCGCCUCGUUCCUCCUCGACGGCUUCCCGCGCACAGCGCCGCAGGCCGACCGUCUUGACGAGAUCGUGCCCAUCAACCUAGCCGUAUCGAUCAAGACGCCACUCGAGGUCAUCAUGGAGCGGAUAAACGGGCGAUGGGUGCACGAGCCGUCGGGCCGGGUGUACAACACGUCGUUCAACGCACCCAAGGUUCCCGGCCGCGACGACGUCACGGGCGAGCCGCUAGAGCGCCGGUCCGACGACAGUGAGGAGGUGUACCGCGCCCGGUGGAAGAAGUUCCAGGAGACCAGCGAGCCGCUGCUGGAGCACUACGCCCGCAAGGGCGUGCUAUGGGAGGUAAAUGGUAUGAGCAGCGACGAGAUCACGCCGAAGCUCCUCCGCGAAUUUGAGCGGCGGUUUGUGUGA